AUGAGAUCCCUGCCCGCCUUCCAGACCUCGCUUCACUCUGCUCUCGAUCUCUCCGCAUUGACGAGACCACCAACGAGACACCACCAACGAGAAACGAGACCUCUGGCGAGAGCCAGCGACGACUUCACCGAUUUCCUCCCAGUCACCAUCGUCCUACUGCGUCGCUCUGUCAUGGAGCAGUUUCCCGACCAUGUGGACGCGCCUCUCAAGGCCAACGGCACACCUAUUCGAGAGCCGAGUCUCCGGAAGUCGCCGGUCGCAACCCCGCCCGAACGCUGGCCUCCCGAUCGAUGGACGCCCGCGUCGAAACGAGAUCAUACAUAUGCUCCGACUGUCACGUGGUCCAGCUCUGGUCGUGCCCGUCACGGUCGACAGAAGAGUCUGAGUGAUGCCUUCCGGACGAUACGAGCGAGAAAUGGUAGCAUAAGCCAAAAUGCCCACGAAAUCGCAGAUGCUCUGCGAGCGCCCGUCUCGCCCAAGCUCGUCGUUCUGUGCCUGCUCUGGUACGCAUCCUCCGCCUUGACCAACACAUCCUCCAAAUCAAUCCUCAUGGCCUUCCACAAGCCUGCGACCUUGACCAUUGUCCAGUUCGCCUUCGUCUCCUCCCUCUGCAUCGUCAUAUCCUGGCUCGCCGCCCUCUUCCCCGUGCUGCGCUCAAAGGUUGCCGUCCUGAGGCAUCCCAUCCGCCGGCCGAGUAGGCAGGUCAUCAUCGCCACCCUCCCGCUUGCUGCCUUUCAGAUUGGCGGCCAUCUCCUCAGCUCGACUGCGACGGCCAAAAUACCCGUCUCCCUGGUCCACACGAUCAAGGGCCUCUCGCCCCUCUUCACCGUUUUCGCCUACAGAAUCUUCUACAACAUCCGAUACCCGCAAACGACCUACCUGUCACUCAUUCCCCUCACCCUCGGCGUCAUGCUGGCCUGCUCUGGCAAGUCAAGCUAUGACGGACAGCUCCUCGGCGUCUUUCAGGCACUCUUGGCCACCAUCAUAUUUGUGUCCCAGAACAUCGUCUCCAAGAAAAUCUUCAACGAAGCUGCCAAGGCCGAGGCGGAAGCGUCCAGUGUCCAGACCAAGAAGCUCGACAAGCUCAACCUGCUAUGCUACUCCUCCGGAAUGGCCUUCCUCGUCACGCUUCCAAUCUGGUUUUGGUCCGAAGGCAUCUCCCUUCUCACCGAUUUUCUCCACGACGGCGCCUUGGACCUGAGCAAUAAUCCGCUCGCCAUGGAUCACGGCCGCCUCACGCUCGAGUUCAUAUUCAAUGGCGUCUUUCACUUUUGCCAGAACUUGCUCGCUUUCGUCCUUCUUUCCAUGGUCUCUCCCGUCACCUACUCGGUUGCGAGCUUGAUCAAGAGAGUUUUCGUCAUCGUCAUGGCCAUUAUUUGGUUCAAGAGCCCCACGACGCCCGUUCAAGCGGCCGGCAUCGGCCUCACCUUCUUGGGCCUCUACCUCUAUGAUCGAUCGAGCGAGAGCAACAAGGCAGAUCGGAAAGCUCGAAUGAUGACGCAGAGCCGAAUGGCAACUCCUCUGUUGCCUUUGAUCGAGAGCCCGACAGGGGUGGAAGGCGGAGGCAGCGGUCCCAUUGGCGGAACGAGUGCCCAUCCAUACACUGAAGGGUACUUUAGCCACGUAUCGGCUGCGGAAGAUUCGAAGAAGGCGGAUGACAAUCUCGGACGUGGACGUUCCGGCCGUUCCAACCCCGGCUGGAGCGCCCGAAAAUGA